GGAGAGCUGGCGGCUCAAAAGGCGGGCGCAACCCCUCGCCUGCCAGGUCUCCACGAAUGGAGGUGGCUGCCCGGCCCCAUGCUCGCCGACCUGGCGGUGGGCGUGCCGCGGGGGCCACCGCCGCAGGCCGUGCUUGAGAAGCGGCCUUGGUGGACCUCCCUGAUUGUGUUGCUUGGCGUCACCUCGAUCUUUCAGUUCACCACCCUCGAUGUGGUCGGCGGCAUGCUCACAGCCCUGAUGCUCUUCUUGGCCUGCAUGAUGAUCACAGACGGGAUGGCUGAGAUGCACAGGUGCGCCGUGGCGUUUUCGAUGCUCAGCAUGCUCUGCCUCUUUUUUGACAUGGUGCCGCUGCUCUCCAGCGUGGGCGGCAGGUCUGAGGUGACUGUGGAGCCGGUGAGCCGAGUGAGCACCAAGAACGAGUUGCGGAUCACGUACGAGACGAUCAUCAAGACGACACCCUUCUUCGAUAACACCCAGGGCUAUGUUUACAACGGCGGCAGCGUAGUGAUGAUCCUGUCGCCGGUGGCCAUGCUACUGGGAGCGUACCUGGCGGGCCAGGCGCACGUGGAGCUGCAGGGGCCCACCAGCUCCGAGCUUGACCGAGAUUGGCCGGAGGCUCGUGUCCGCCGCAGGAGGCCGGCCCUCGGGACAGUGCCUAGCUCGCCAGUGGAUGGCUCAGCAGCGACGUUGCUCAGGUUCUCCGGGCCCAGCCACCGCUUGGAGCCGGAUUGACGCCGAGGGCGCACAGCUUGUGUUGCAAAAAGGAUGUGGUGCA